AUGGCUGCCGAGCAUAGGCCGAAGUUAUCCAAGAACCUGCUGCGCAUGAAGUUCAUGCAAAGAGGCCUAGAUUCAGAAACCAAGAAGCAGCUGGAAGAAGAAGAAAAGAAAAUCAUCAGUGACGAGCACUGGUCAUUGGACUUGCCAGAGCUGAAGGAGAAGGAGAGCCUCAUAAUCGAAGAGCAGAGCUUCUCAUUAUGCGAAGACCUUCUCUACGGAAGAAUGUCAUUCCGAGGAUUUAAUCCUGAGGUUGAGAAACUAAUGCUUCAGAUGAACUCUAAGAGCAAAGCUGAGGAAGUUGAAGAUGAAGCAGUGGAACUUGAUGUGUCCGAUGAAGAAAUGGCUAGAAGGUAUGAAAGCCUGGUGGGGACAAUUGGAAAAAAGUUUGCCAAGAAAAGAGAUCGUGCCAAUUUUGAAGAAGAUGAAAAUGGAAACAUGAAAAAGACCAAGACAAAGAAGGUGUUCUUA